AUGAUUAUUGGGGACAAGAACAGAAAGCUUUUGGUUGCUGAAAAAGACGUAACUAUCGUAAGAAGCUGUUCUAUUAUAAAAUAUGAUGCUGAAUACAAUUCACAAACACAUUCAACAGUUUUAGAACUACCCAGAGCAUUCAAGAAUAAGAUCUACGACUACACAAACAGCAAGCUGAUUUCAAUACAAACAAAUGAACAAAAGAGUGUUUCUUUGGGCAAAGUAGUAGACUAUUUCAAAGUAGAGAAAGAUUUUUUCUUUGUGAAGGAGGACAGGGCAUCUAAAUCAUUGCACAGCAUUGCCGGAAAAUGUCUUUUAAGAUUCAGCUCAGCAUACCAGUUUGAAGGCUCGUUUCUCUAUUUUAUAAAAGAUUAUAGGUUCCAUAAGUUUAACUUACUAACACUUGAGGAGUCUGAAAUCAAUAUAUCCCCAGACCUUAAAAGCAACGCACCGGUGGCUUUUUGUUGCAAGCGCGAAAACAUAUCUGAAAACGAGACUAUAAUUUUUGCUGAUUAUUUGAACAAAAUAUACAUUCAUAGUGAAGAAAAGCACAGGCUUUACCACUGGAUGAGUAAUAAAAUAGUAUAUCUCAAUGUUUAUGAUAGAUACGUAAUUGCUAUCUCCAAGAAGGGCAAUGUUGUUAGAUUUCACAUUGAUAUUCAGAAAAUUGAGCCUUUAUUUAAUUUCCAUGGUAUAUAUGUAGACGUCUCUUGCUCUGACAACAAGCUAUAUCUUCUAACUGAUUUUGAGUUUAUUAUAUUUGAUCUCGUUGUAGGCAAUACUGUUUUUAAAGUGUAUUUGAUUGGUAGUUCUGAGUAUAAAAUCUCCAGGUUAGAGGCAUAUUCAGAUAAGAGAAGUGAUGAUGUUUUCAACAUGAAGAGGCAUAGCAAAGUGGAAAUUAUGAACUUGAUUGAUUAUGAAAAUAAAAGGAAUCAUAAAGAAGUAUCCCCAUCAAGUGGUAUAAAGGAAUAUAUAACAUAUAUCCUUGAGAAACAUCUUUUUGUUGUUGACGCUCAUCUAAGGAAAGUAAUUUCAAUAUUUAAGCUUGACGAUAAUUCAGCCUGUUUUGUUUGUGGGUCCAUCUGUUUUUCAUUUGUUCAAAGAAAAUCGAAUGUUAUUCUAAAAAUUUUCAAAGUUUUUACAAAUAGAAUUAUUCAGACCAAAACUGUUGAAUUUUCGUGGAAAGGCAGCCUUGAUCUGGCGAAUAUUUUCACUGUCAAGGACAAGUUAUAUCUACUAGUUUCACAGAAUGUCUACAUUAUUAACAAAAUGGGGUUUUUAGAAAUGGUUUACGACCAUAAGAAUUGUAAAUCGUUGAAGUACUUUGAAGAUUACAUCUGUGCAAUUGAUGAAAAAGGCAUUUUUAAUAUCGCAACGCAGAAAUACGAGGUGGUUCAGAAGAAGAUAAUGAACUGCUGCAUAUUUAAGAGCAGGCUACUAUUUUACAUAGAAGACAAAGGAAUAUAUUGUGAUAAAAACAAUGAAGCUUCUGAAAGGUGUCUUAUUUUGCAAGUCAACAAUGUGAUAGACAUGAAGGCUAAAGACACUGACAUUCUUGAAACUUUGCAAUAUAUUGAGGGAAAAUGCAUUAUAGUUGAGUAUAGUUUUGAGAGGAACGAAUCACUUGUUAAGUGUAACGAAGUAACCGUUGAGAAUCAGUCGAAUAAGAUUUUGUUGGAGAAGUUAUGUGCAUCAGGGUCAAACACAAUGCUAGGUUAA